AUGACCGGUAAACCCAAUCAGGGUAUUUCCCCGGCUCCUUUAUACCCGAUUCCGGUGGUGGAGCAGCCAUUCGAGCACCUGAUAAUAGACUGUGUGGGUCCUCUGCCUCGUUCCAAGUCUGGUAGUAGAUACCUGGGCAAGGUAGUGGGGCAGGGGAUUGUGCGGCCCCUUCAGGCUAAAGUGACUGCCAUUGAGCACUACCCAGUGCCCACCACUAAAAAGGAGCUCCAGCAGUUCCUUGGGCUUGUGUCCUGUGGGAGUGAUGGGUCAUCAGGCCUGAUGAGCCACACCUGUUCCCGGUCUGGGUAUAUCAAGACUACUCUUCCACGGAGCCUUGCAGCGCCACAGGCCCUGGCUGCAGGUCACAGGUCACACGAUGCGAGCGAUGUGGAGCAGGAGCACAGACUGCAAGAGGAGAUCGACGGCCAGGAGAGCAUCCUCUCGAACUGCAUGCGGGACAUUUUCUGGAUGGACAACGACGUGGAGCCCACAACAAUUUUGCUCAAGAAGAUAUCUGAAGAAUUUCGGCGUAUCACCAGCAAAGACCUCCUGGGGACUUUUAAUGCAUCUCUUGAAAGAUUUGGACCUGGCCUGCUAAAACUCUACCGGACUAAGAAGGGUGGUUUUGGCCAAGAAAUGGAAGACCUCCUUGAUAAACUCGAUGAUCAGACAUCUGACAUUGUUACACACCGAAAGACAGCAGCACUGAGAGGCUUGCCCAUUUUCCUCCGCGAAGAUACCAAAAAGUUUUUCAUGAAGUGCUUGGACACUGACAUUUUGGCACCAGUGCUGGAAGGGGCGUCUGUGGCCAUCCUCACCAUCCUAGAUGACGAAGCCGACAUCUCACAUGCUCGAGACCAUGCAGUUGUUUUGGAAGGGGGCAUCGUGCUGCAUGAAAUGGAAAACCUCUCCUCUGCGUUCGCCUACCUCUUUGGCCUUCUAUAUGCCCUCAAUAUAAAUUACCCCAAACAGUUGAGGUAUACAUUUGAAGCCAUCCAGACUAUCUUUUUUGAGCUUGGUGGCUCUCGGUGCUCCCAGCGCACAAGAUCUUUGAAAACGAAAGUUUUAUUUUGA